UGCCAGAGAGAGUAGUGAAAGGAAGUGGGCAGGAAAGAGUCGAGCCUGCUGCUAUGGAGGGGGAAGACGCAAGCAGGGCAUCUCUGCCGCUCAAUUCUGACAGGGGUGGUAAUAAUGCGGGAGCCCAAGGUGACCUGCAGAGCCCUGGUAAGGAGUCUGGCGAAAAGGGUGUUGCUAAGGAAGUGAUGGAGUCGACAGAGUCUGACGACUGCGUAACUAUUUUGGCAGGGGGAGUAGGAGGAGGGCAAGCAAAUGACAAGGCGGUCUCUCUCGAGGAAGGUGUGGUGGAAUCCGAGACAAAAGAUCGCACACCGAAAGUUUUGACAGAAGUAGGUGAGCAGGUGGUAGAUUCCGGACAACAAGAUCUGCCAGUGCUUAGUACAUCAUCAGUGAAGCCCAUAGAGGCUGAUGCUGGCGAUGCGGCAGGAGAAUCUCAGCCGGUACUUCCCUUAGAUGAGUCCAAGGAUGAGAGCAAUGUGUCUAACAUUAUUCUUAAUGAAGGAGGACAUAGAGAGGAUGUUGGACAUGAAGGUGCAGACGUCACAUUGCAGGACGUCAGGGAUGGAACUGGUCAUGCAGCCACAAGUCCUGGAGAUCCGUACUCACCUGCACCGGAGAACCGAGAUGUCAGUGCAGAGUCCAAGGAGAGUUCAACCUCAGGGCCCAAAGCUGUGACUCAAGUCCCUCACCGGACUAGUGAAGCACCAGCACCGGUGCCUGAUGGUGUGGAGCCUCAGCCGAUCCUUGUGGAGAAACAAGGUCCUCUUGUGGCCACGAGUGAUGUGUCCGCUGAUGAGUCUGUUGAUAAGAAGUCUGCUCCUGCUCAGGAGUCAUCCAUGGUGGAGACUGGGCUGGCGUCGCCCAUGGAACAGAAGUUAGCAGAAGUUUCCGAGGACAAUGUCCAAAAGGACGAGAACGAAGAGAAGGUAGCAGAAGCUUCGGAGGAAAAGGAGCAAAAGGAUGACAGUCAAGGAGCUGACUGUUCCGAGGAAAACAAGUUAGGGGAAGGUGUGGAGGAGAAAAUAGAACAACAUGACAUUGAAGGAGAAAAGUCUCCAGGUGAUCCUGAAGAAUCUGGUUCUACUGCCAGGGAUGACCAUUUUAUGCAAGCAGAGGGUCUCCUGGUCUCAGAGGUUGUCACAGUCUCUGAAACCAACGAGAAAAAUACUAGUGUACAAGAUGCGGCUCAGAAGAAAGGUGAAGCAGCCGAGGCUUCUGUUGCAGAGGAAAAGAAAGAAAAUGCUGUUGAAGUUGAUGAUGUUCAUCAGGCAAAAGAAGCGCGUGAGGUGCUGGGAGCUGCUGCGGACGAAGAGCUGCCUGUGAGUAGUGUAAUCCCCACAAGUAACGAGGGAGAUGACUCCAAGGAAGGUGAAUCAGUAACCACUUCAGCAGCUGUGAGCUCUGUGGCUGAGGCAGACUCAGGGCUUGCUCCGCCGACCAUAGCGCCGAAUAACAGAACGGAAAAUGUCGGUUCAAAGGAUGGUGAUGUUGUCUGUUCUGCCUCGGUGGCUGUACAAGUGGCGCAUAAGGCAGAGGAGGAUGCGGCAGAGCAGGGGUCAAGGGCAGCCCCAGGAGAUAUUCCAGGCAGUCCGGUGCUCUACAGGAAUGUAGUGGUUGAGACUUGCUCAACGCCGAAGGUGGGAGAAAUUGUUACCUUGAUAGAGAAGAAAGCCGAAGAGACAUCAAAGCCACAACCGAUCCCUGCUGGUAAGCGUCCAAAAUCCGAUGAUCCGAAGAAGAAAUCUUCAAAUUCUAAGUCAAGCUCACAGGCUGAGAGCGAGGCAUCCUACUCAGAUACUACAGGUGAUGACCGUAGUUUGAAUCCUCCUUCUGGACAAGAAGCGACAUCUGUGGCCUCUAUGAAGGUGGAAGAAGGGACACAACCCGGUGUAGAUGGGUGUGAAUCGUUGGGGUCAGAGGAAAAGGCGGCUCUAUCGGUACAAACGCCCAAGUCAACAGAAGAAGAAGUCACAGCUGUGCUGGACAAGGGUGUAGUAAACACACGGCCAGGGGGGAACGAAGCGGCUCUAAGUUGUGAGGCUGCAGCAGGUUCAGGGGUGGCUUCUAGCCUGGGUGAGGUGCCAGCUUCCGACAACCCUGCUGAAAGUGCGGAUGCGCUGAAAUCUACGGAACAGAAAGGGGCUGAAACCACUCCUUGUACGGCAACGGAAGCACCAGCGGAGGAGAACAUAAAGACAUCAAGCAGAGAUGAGUUCACUGAGAAAGCCGAAGGGAAAUCUCCGACUAAACGCAAGAAGCUGGUGGGAAGGUUGAACCUCCAUCUGCCUCACCUGCCUAAUCUGCUGCCGUUCAUGCAGCGCCAUUCCAAGCAGAAAUCCCAGCAGUUGCAGCCAACAGAUGGUGCAGCAGGGGGUGUGGUGCCUGCUUCAGGGCCAUUGGCAUCAGAGGAGCAGCCUGCUCGUGUAGGGUACAAGCGACGGAGUAUGAGUCUGCCGAGCAAGUUUUAUUCAUUCGCGGAAGGCUUACGCGGGCAUAAUCGGAGGAAUUCGGAUUCUCGAAUUGUUGUCGAAAGCCCUAGCCCAUCGCCGCCGCCGCAUAAGAAGGCGGCCAGCCAGCGCUCCUUUGCAAAGAUUUUCCAUCGGCGCUCGCAGUCUGAAGCAUCCACCCCACGGUCGGGCCUGUUCUCUGGAUGGAAAACCAGUGCCUUUUCUGCAUUCAGCAAGCUGCGGUCGAGGAGUCGCUCUAGAGAUGUGUCCUCGAUGUCGGAUAUCGAUGCUACGAAGGAGGGGUCAAAACUGUCACACGAUGGACGAUCAUUAGCAUCCACGGUGGAAACAAAUGAAGCAGUCCCAGACACAGGCAACAAGCAGGAGAACGGUCAUGCCGAAACGAUGGCAGCCGACCACAAAAGUGGCAGUGAGGGAAAGGUGUCAGCAGACACGGACAAAGAUGUUGCGGUUGUUGGACAGAGGCGGCUUUCAGAUGAUGAAGCGCUAAAGUCGAAGUCUGAACCGGUUGUAUCGGGAGUUGCUUCAGAGUCAGAAUGUGCCAGCUGAAUGUUUGGAAAAGCAGACAAGAUCCCUGCCGGCAGGAGGAGAGGGGAUCACGAUGAACCUCUCACCCGGUCUUCCAAAUAACAAGUCCCGUUCUUUUCUCUGCUAUCGGAGGCCAAGAGUGCACAAUUAAUGAACGGGCCCGGCCCAUGGCUGAUAUAAGAUUGGGAGGGAAAUCUAGUUAUUUAUUUAUUGAUUGGAUAUGAGUCUUACUCCUUGUUCGUUAUGAAAGAGACGGAUGCGUUGAGACGGGUGAGAGGAACAUCCAGGCAGUGGCUGGUUGGUGUUCAGGAGAAGGUUCUGCAAUCCUGAUGAUGUUGUUUGGGACUUCAUGUGGUCUCAUUGAUUCAUCUGCCACACUAACACACGGCGUUGAAGUUGCUGUUGCCAACCGUCUGCCGGCUUACAGCUCGGUCGCGGGCUCGCGUUGGCGCCCGUACUCGUGUGUGCGUUUUCGCAUGCUGUUCGGGUGUCUUCGGUUGAAAUCAAUCACGCACCCUCAUUCUUCUCGCCCUCCAAGAGUUGGCGGCAUCGUCGGAGCUGAACAUGUGAUGAAUUCUUUCAUUCUUCCUUCCUUCUUUAAAGCCUGGAGUAGUUGGCUGUACGAGGCGUGCCCUUGGUGAUUAACAGUACAAAGGAGGUGGAAGAUACUCCAUAAUGCGAGCUAUGGUCGCAAAGGCUGAAAAGAGAGCGAGGAGCAUCAAGGGAGGCAUACAGUGGGUCGAGCCAAUCGGUGAAAGUGGCAGUCCCAUGAGGAGCAGAUUUCUGUACUGAGGGAGAGAAUGUUAGUAGCCGACGGACAUUCUAAUGGAUGCGGAAGGAGUGGUUGACGUCUGCAGCUCACUUCAAUGUCUUCUGACUAUGGUCAGCAUUUGCCGCCUAGACUGGUGUAGUCCGCCGCUCGUCUAGGGGACCCAUGAUUGACUGAUCCGCAUUUAAGUAUGCACAAGUGAUCAGGUAGGUCUCUGUCUAUCGUAUGUAGGUUCUCCCACUGUGUGGAAGAGAGCCCGCUUAUAUGUUUUACGAGGGGUUGUUGGUGAGAAGACCCCUGGUUUAUGUAAUGCUUGCCGACAUCAGUCCCUUAGUUGUUAUGGGACCGACACCUUGGCCGUUUGUCCCUCAUUUGCUAGUGCUUUGUGUGGUCAAGCCAACGCUGGCCUGUCCAAGCUUUCUAACUCAUGAUCGACAUCCGGUUGGCUGGGUAGGCAGCAAGCUCUGACAUUUCAAUUUCUCCUUUAGCAAAUUUUUCGUUCAAUAAAGUUGGGCCUUUACGCAUUCUUUAUGCUGAUUGCCUGGACCUGAACACCCAUGUAGUAGCAUGGGGUCAUGUCUCUCAAUUGCCCUUGGGCUUUUUGCCCUUUUGCCCCAGUCGAUGAGGACGGGACCUUUCUGCUAAGCAGGGUGGAUGGAUGCCCCGUCAUGGUGUGGAUUGCUGUCCAUGGUGACCAGCAGCUUUGUCAUUGCAUCAAAUGGUGACCGUCGUUGCCACUGAGGACACCAGGACCUCUGUUAAGCAGGAUGUGACACUGUCCUGUUGAUGGUGCGGAAUGGCGUCCACAGUGUGCGCAGUCUGCCUUGUCAUUGCUGCAAAUGGUGUCCGUGGUUGCCGCAGAGGCUGCUUCGUCGUUGCGGCCAAUGCUGUCCGCGGUUGGCACAGAGCAGGAUACCCUCAGGCUGUGUACUGUGAUGACCUGUUGUCGAUUUUUGGUUAGUUGGGAAAUUGAGUUUAUGAUGGAAUAGGGAUGGCUCUGCAAGCUAUAACGGCUACGGCAGGUGGUGCACUCUUGCACUUCAUGUAGGGAGGAUUCUUACUCUGCUCAUCGAUCCCCUGGUUAGAGAUGGUGCUCAUUCGAUGAUUAAUGUGAUGCCUACAAUACGCUAUGCCAUGAUGGCAUGCUAUAUGCUAUGCUGGUACAAGGAGAGCUGCGAACACCAUACUCCCAGAUUUCAUACUCCGAUGAUUAAUGUGCCGUGCGCGAUGAUUAAUGUGAUGCAUCGAUAGUAAAUUUGGAAAACAUACACUGCUAACGAAUGGCAGGAUGAUUCUUCAAGUGCUUGCUUCUCAUUUUUGCUGGUUCUAUGCUCACUGCAAUCGUGCGUCACGUCUGUCCUCUAUGGGCUGUCGGCCUGUCUCUUCUCAAUCAUGCACUGCUACUCUACACAUCCGCAUGUCUGUGUGCUAUCACCCGCUUGCAUCCGCUAGUCCACACUUACUUACCUCCUUCAUGUUGCUGAGUCGCCAGAUUCAGACUACCCGUCCCCUCUUAUCUACGAUACCCGUCUCUCCUUCGGACACUCUUCGCUUGAAAACAGCACAUCAGAAGCCUCCAACGAUCUCUUCGCCGCCUCUCUGCCUUGCAGGCGUGCUUACUUUCAGUCCUCAGCCAGUUACUGAUUUGAUAUCCUGCAGAAGGUCGUGGUUCGCCCAUCUUGUCUGGUUGUUAUUCGUGCUGUCGGUGUUUUGCAAGCAUUCAGGAACUGUUGCGGCUAUGGUGCGACGGAUGGGGUACGCUGGCUUGCAGUUAAGGGUUGGAGCCGGCGCAAAGGAUGGUACAGUAGCUGUGUGGGUGAGGAGAGGAGGAUGGGCUGAGCAUUGUGCGCUUGUCAGGUGCUACCACCUUUGCUGGUUUCUGACAGACCCGGAGAUGGUUGCGGCGAUGGUGCGAUGGAUGGAAGCUGCAACUUUGUAAGCUUGGUUCAUAUCCAAGAAUGUCGUCAGCGAAUAAAUGGAAGGCCCGGCUCAGGCGGCGACCAGCUCGCACUCAUGGUGUAUAGCCGUAUUGACCAAUCAGGUUCUGCGACAUGCAUCCCGAUUGUGGCGUCAGUGUGCGAUGGUGGCAUUGGACAGUGAAAGCGAGUGCCGUCAUUCACCGAGAGACUUUUUUUUUUUACGUGUUGCAAUAAGGAAUUCCAUUUGGGAGAAAUCGGGACUCUGUUAAGGCCAUGUUUUUUCUUGCUAAGUUUGAAUCUUGAGAUGAUUGCGAUGUGCUAGUAGUGGCUACUGGCCAUUUUUGAGUUCUCAUCUUCUGGAUGUUUCAUGUCUGCAGCAACUGCUGACAUUUCUGCUGUCCUCUUUUUCUUCGCCUAAUUCUUCUUCUUCUCCUUCUUCUUUUAUUCUUGUGAUUUAUUUCAACUUAUUCAUUGAGGUAUUUUAAGCACUUGCCUAGGCUGAGCCAUCCACCUGUGAAUGUGAAAAUCAGACAACAUGCAGAGCAACCGAAGGGCUGACGAAGGGGGACCAACGGGAAAAUUCCGUUUCUAAGUGCAAUAUUACCCCUGCUGGGUGUCGUCUCUUCUGCUACAAUGUGCGUUCCCAAUUUUCUGCACGCCUUGUUUUGCCUUCCCAAUUUCUUCACACCCUGUUUUGAAUUGGCAGAGCUGGGUCUUAAUUGGCCAGCCUGGAUAAAAAAUGGCCAAACCU